UUAGCUCGUUAACUAGUUGAAUGACGGUGAGGGUGGCUGUAAUCAGUGGGGAGGAGGGGGGAGAAGAAGGGUGUAACUAGUGUGGAGAAACUGGUUGACAAUCAGGAUAACUGGGAAAAUUCACAAACUUAUACAUCUACAUAAUAUUUAAAAACCUGCUGAUUAUAAUACUUCCUAUCAUCAUCAUAAUACGCUAAAAGGACGAGAUCAAAUGAAGAAAUGGAAUACUUUGGAUUACCAUUACAUAACAAAGGCUUCAUUUAAAUAGUCAAUACAUGUAUUAUCAAAUUUGUUUAAAGUGGUAAAAAUCAAUGAGUUUAAAUGAGUGGGACUUUUGAAAACAUACAAACACACUAGUCCAUAAACAUUGCUGCUACUGACAGUGAUCAUUAUGCCUAAAGCAGACUGAAGAAGGUCAAAAGAUCGCUCUAGAUACACAAAUAUAUCGCACGCUUUUGAUCAUAUUUAUCUAUAUAUCAGAUAAAGCAUAUAAUAAACAUAAAAAAAUAUGUUUCGAAAGUUUAUUUCUAAAGUUUCUCAUUUAGUUGCACUAUUAUUUAUUUUAUUAUGUUGUAAUGAACUACUCCUUGGACGAUAUUCUCUCAUAUCUAAUAUAUUAGCCAUGAAUGGAAUUAGACCAAGAUAUCCAAUGCCUAAUAAUUUCAAUGUGUAUACAUCAAGUGUUAGGCAAUCAGAGAAGGCAGUCAGUCAUAAUAACCCAAACAGCAAUAGUAACAAUAAUAAUAAUAACAUACAAACAAUGACAAAGUCAACAGGACUUAAAGCACCAUCAAUGGUGACAACGAUGAAAAUCAAUGAACCACAAAUUGAGCUGAUCUCGUCAUCAAAAGCUUAUUCAUUAAAUGCAUCUAACAGUAUUGAUCGAAAUUUUAAAUUUACUAACCAUCCAGUCGGUGGUUAUGGUCUAGUCUCAUCAGCACAAAAUCAUAUCAAUUUAGAAUCACUGUCUCAGACAACAAAAUCACCAUUGAUAACUGUUGACAAGAAUUCGCCAACAAUUAUCACUAAUUCUUUGAUUAAGCCAUCAAGUGAUUCGCGUAAAAGAAGUCAAAAAGACAAUGAAAAGUCGGAAUGGCCAAGUUCAAUGGCUUCAGAGGAAUAUAGUAAAAUAAAUAUGCGUAUUAUGGGACAACCAAUAGAUCCAAGUGUUGUAAAUCACCUACAUCCCGACGUUUCACCGCAUAAAGCUAAAAAGCUACGAAAAAUUCUCUCUGGUAGCCUAGAUAAAGACUGGACAUCAGAAACCCCGCCAAGAGUGUUAAGACAACGUGGAUUAUCUGGUUCAGUAAUGUCUAAUGAUAACGCAAAUAAAAAUAAUAUCGAUGAAAACUAUUCAUCAUUGGAUACAAAAUUACUAAAAGAAAUUAAAGAAUUGAAUUUUACAUUUCGUAAUUCUUAUGGAGUUUAUUUCACGCUGAGUGAAGAACAAAUCCAGCCUUACAGAUAUUGGUUACUUGAAAGAGCCACUUGUGAAAUGGAUUUUAUCUGGGAGGAUUUAGGUCCAUUAUUCUGGCCAAGAUGGAUACGUAGAGGUGUAUGCCUUAAUCGACCAGGUCAUUCAUGCUCAUGGCCAUCAGGUAUGAAAUGUCGACCAUCUGGUUCAAGAGCACUUCAAUUAUUACAUUGGAAAUGUGAAGAUGCUGCUCAAGUUCAGUCUAGAGAGCAUGCAGCUGAUCAGCGUAUACGUCGACGAGUCGCGAUGAACACUUUUCAUUCUGGUUUCUAUGAAAUGGAACCCGUGUCGGAAACGGUUACAAAUAAACAGAAACGUGAUACAACAUAUGCACGUUUAAGUCUUCGAGACAGUGGUCUACAGCAACAACAGCAAGCAGAACGACAACGACAAUAUCAACACAGUGAACAAAACGCCUAUCGUAAACUUCAAGCCAGGAAUCUUGUCAAGAAUUCAUGGACAAGAAGUAUAAAGUCAUCUGAAUUAUUAUUAUCCUCACCGUCAUCAUCAUCAUCAUUAUCAUUAUCAUCGUCACCGACUACACUGCACUCAGAUAUCAAUGCAAAGGAUGAAAAACGACGACGUCGUGCAAGACGAUUAAUUAAACGCUUAAGUGUUACAGCAAAUGGAUAUCAUUGUUACUGGCAAGUACAAAAAUAUUUGAUUAGUGAUCGUUGUUCAUGUUCAUGUUCAUAAUUGGAGAACUUUUUGGUUGGUUCAAAAAAAAAUACCAAAAUAAAAACCCAACAAUAAAAGCACAAAUUAUUGAAACAUUCAUUCCCCUAUUAUACUGAUAAUAGUAGAGUUAGUGUGUUACACAGCGUUCGAUUCUAUUCAAUGUAUACAGUGAAUGUCAUUUCAAAAAACGCCUUGGCUUCUCUUUUACAAUCGACAGUGUAUUAGUUAUUAACGAUUAUUUUGGUCAGUGUUUGUGUUUGUGCUUAUGUGUGUGGGUGUGUGUG